GACAGUUGACCAACCGCACUUUUGUAUAUCAUCGAGAAGAAGGUGCAUCGAAUUUCGCAAGAUGUCAAAAAUCUUCACACCAACAAACCAAAUCCGCCUCACGAAUGUUGCCGUAGUUCGACUCAAAAAGGCUGGCAAACGCUUCGAGAUAGCUUGCUACAAAAACAAGGUGAUUUCCUGGCGAAAUGGAAUUGAGAAAGAUAUCGAUGAAGUCCUUCAGACGCACACCGUCUUCACAAACGUUUCCAAAGGACAGGCCGCGAAAAAGGAAGAACUCGUGAAAGCGUUCGGUAAGGCAGACGACACCGAAAUAUGCAAGGAAAUCCUGGCUAAGGGAGAACUACAAAUCUCCGAGAAGGAGCGCGCCAACAUGAUCGACUCAACGUUCAACAGUGUCGCCACGAAUAUCGCUUCCCUCUGCAUUAAUCCGGAGACACGUCGCCCAUAUCCAGUGUCGAUUAUUGAGAAAUCACUGAAAGACGUACAUUUCUCGGUCAAAAUGAACAAAAACGCAAAACAACAGACACUCGAGGCCAUCAAACUGUUGAAGGAGAGCAUGCCAAUUGAGCGGGCACGAAUGAAGCUUAGUAUCACGUUCCAAGGCAAGGAAAGUCCCAAACUGAAGGAGAAUUUGUUGAAAUUGGCUGCGUCGACGGUUUCAGAAGAUUGGGAUGGUCCUACAUUGCGUUUAGUGAUUCUGAUCGACCCCGGACACUUCAGGCAAAUCGACGAGAUGGUUCGGAACGAAACGAAGGGGAAGGGACUCAUGGAACUGAUGGAGCUGAAGGAAGUUCUUGAGGGAGAAGAAGUGCUAUAGUUUCUCCAGUCAUAUAAUUUUGUAUAUAAUGUUGUAAUUUUAUGAUUCUCUUAUUUUUUUUAAAAGUUUUUGCAACAAUAAAUUAUUUACACGGA